AUGGCAGAACCCGAAAAUACUCCUUCUCCGUUAUCAGAAGUGGGAUGCGCCCUGCCACAGGACAGUGAAAGUGCUAUUGCUGCGUUAGAAGCGCAAAAUCGUGCCUUGUUGGACCUUGUGAAAUCAAUCUAUACACCGCGAGUGCUAUUAGCGGAAGUGAAAUCAAAUUCCAUCACAUUGCCGAAAUUUGACCCUGAUAGUGCGGGCGCUGAUGCAAGUGCGUGGUGUAAUACAGUUACAUUAAUUUUUAAUGAAAACAUGCUUCAAGGGAGUUCACUCGUUAUGGCUCUCAGCAAAGCUAUGCAAGGAAGUGCUUCUCAGUGGUUGGCGCAAAUCUGCUUUAGCGGCAUGACCUGGCCGCAAUUCCAGGAAUUGUUUGUACAACGAUUUGUCGGCGUCGAAACUCUGGCAGCGACUUUGACGAACAUCUUUAAUGGGGAGAAUUUACCCGAAUAUGGCAGCCGCCUGGUGACGUCGCUAAUGUCCAAGUUCAAAUCAAUUGAAUUGGAAGAACUCAUCGUAUCCAUCGUUUUGACGCACCUUUCCAACUUGGAUGCUCGGCUUUUAAAGUCAAUGCUUACAGGCGCUGUAAAAAACCGUAAUGAUCUGCAGCAACAAUUAAAGGCGCAUGCGUAUUCGAAACGUAACGAAUCCUUUGGAAACGAAGUCGAAAGGAAGAAAAUGAAGCUGCCAUCUCUAGUGAAGUGUCAUCACUGUGGACGUCUUGGCCAUAAGAUUGCGGAUUGCCACAAAAGGCGAACGGACGUAAGACAGCGAACCACCUCUACGUCAGGACAACAACAACAACGCGCAGUCUACAACAGGACAUGCUACAAAUGUGGGGAGCUUGGACAUUAUGCUCCGGAGUGCCCAAGGAAUCGCCAUAAUCUCAAGGAAGUCGAGAUUAACAAACGAGUUAAUUUGGUGGCCAUAGAACCAAAGGGAAUUUUGAAACAGUUUGGAACUUUUUUCCGCCUAUUAAUUUUAAGUGGAUUUUGUAACAUAUCACGUUGCUGUGGUGAUAGAGAGAGCGGAUGGUGGUUUCAACUAAGGCAGAGUACGCGCUUGCAUCUUCAAGUCCCAUUCCUCUAUCACCGACUCCUUGAUGGCUUUCCCGUCGAGCCACGGAUUCAUUGCGUCCCAGAGCUCCGAAACGUUUGCCUCUGGAUUUUGUGCUGGCAUCUCUCCGAGAAUGGCCGGUGCCAAUGCGAAUCGCCUCCAAAAAUCGAUCCCGAGGUACAUGGCCUGCUCCAAAUACGGCGGUCUUCACUAUGUACACGUUCUUCUCCAUCCUCACGCCAAUCUCCUCCAGCAACUCCCGGCUGCCUCUCCCGAGGACGUUGA